ACAGACCUCUGCCCUAUAGAGGGAGAACACUCCUCUUCCAUCUCUUCAUCUCUCUCUUUCCCCUUCCCGCUCGCUUUUCAGCGGAAGCGGCAGCGGCAGCUUGCACUGCAGCAGAGAGGAAGCAAAGCAAGGAGAGGUCACGCGUAGAGCAGAUCAGAGCUAGCUCCACUCCCCAACGAUUUCACCGCAACGUCAAAAGGAAGCGAGGUCUUGGUGGUAAUAUCUUGGAGCAUUGUGCGGAGCGGGAGAUCUGCAAUCUAUCAGCUGCUGCCGCCUGCCACACAUCUGCGCCGAUGCAGUCGCGCCCAUUGCCUGCCCAAGCACAAAGCUCGCUCGCCUCAGGUUCGGCCUGACUCCACUGCGCCGUUCAUUAUUGUCACGCAAUCUUAUGCAUAUGCCCUAGCUUAGUUUCCGCCAUGUCGCGCCGCGCCCACCGCUAGAAACACACAGAUAGCACCACGCCGAUCGAGCACCGGCAAGCUAGCUGUUCGGUGUCUCUUCUUUCCAGAAAGGAGGAGGCAGGCAGCGACGAGGAGGGGAAUGAAAAGGGAAGCGGCCGCUUGUAGCUGCGCGUAGCGUAGUGGCAUAGAGAAGAGGCCGGCCACGUACGUCGACUGGUGCGCAAGCGCGCGCUCUAUGCUAUACACGCCGAUGGAGGUGCCGGUAGCGGCAACGCCGGCGCAGGCGGAGGGGGAGAACGGGGUGCAGCAGGGGAGGAGGAAGCGGCGGCGGCGGGCGAGGAGCUUCAAGAACCGCGAGGACGCGGAGAGCCAGAGGAUGACCCACAUUGCCGUCGAGCGCAACCGCCGCCGCCAGAUGAACGAGUACCUCGCUGUGCUCCGGUCGCUCAUGCCGGAGUCCUACGUCCACCGGGGCGACCAGGCGUCCAUCGUCAGCGGCGCCAUCGAUUUCGUGAAGGAGCUCGAGCAGCAGCUGCAAUCCCUCGAAGCGCAGAAGCGCUCGCUGCUAGCGUCGCAGCAGCAGCGCAACAACACGGCGCCGGAACGUGACACGGCUCGCGCCACGGCGCGAACACCAAUGAGCAGCAGCAGCAGCUCAGACCCCGCGAGCAACCGCGCGGCCGAGAAUGACGAGGAGGAGGCGCCUCCUCCGUUCGCGCGCUUCUUCAGGUGCCCGCAGUACGUGUGGCGCCACGCGCCGCCGCGGGAGGACGGUGCGGCCGGUGCCGCGGAGGAGACGAGCCGCGCCUCCGGGUUGGCGGACAUCGAGGCGAGCGUGGUGAUGGACGGGCACGCCAGCCUCCGGGCGAUGGCGCCGCGUCGGCCGGGGCAGCUGCUCAAGAUGUUGGCGGGGAUGCAGGCGCUUGGCCUCGCCGUGCUGCACCUCAACGUGACCACUGCACUCGACGCGGUGGUGCUCUACACCCUCAACCUCAAGGUGGAGGAAGGGUGCAGCCUGACGACGGCGGACGACAUCGCGGCGGCGGCGCACCACGUGCUGUGCGCCAUCGACGCCGAGGCGACGGGCCGGCGUGGGGCAGCCGGAGCUUUAGCUAGUGCACCCCACCGGUGAGGUCAGGUCAUCCGGGGGACGCGUCCUGCGGGUGGCUGCUCCGCUCGUCGUGUGACAUUUGUAAAUUGCAGUAGCAGCAGCAGAGCCUGCAAUUCGUGAUGGCGCCGAGCUGGCAUAGGCCCGUGUCAAGCGUGUAACCGCAAUAACGUGCAUGUGGUGAUGUGCUUGGUCUGCAAUGAACAUGCAAGUCCAUU